CCAGCGGAAAAUGGCUGCUGCAACCUCAAGCCUAUCCUGAUACACCGAAACGACAUCAAGGUGGAGAGAGUAAGAGAGAGAGAGAGCGAGAGAGAGGAAGAUUAGGAAAAUGAGAGCAGAUGGAGAGAGAAUGUGAAGCGAGUCUGAGUGUUUCCUGAAAGGAGGAAUAAAAAGAAGAGGGAGAGAGGAGAGCCUGGGGGUGGGCUGCUGCAAGCGGCGGGCAACACCGAGCCAUGGAGGGCGAUGUGCGUGUUCGUGCGGUGGUGAUGACACGUGAUGACUCCAGUGGCGGUUGGGUGCCCCUCGGAGGAGGCGGGCUCAGUCACGUGGUCAUAUGCAAGGGGCGGAGCCUCGACGGCAGGGGGCGCAGGGAGUACAUCAUCCGAGGAGAGCGCCUGCGCGACCGAGCACCAGUGCUGGAGUGUGCGGUCCAGAGGGGGCUGGUGUACAACAAGGUGAAUCCCAUCUUCCAUCACUGGAGAGUCGAGGACCGGAAGUUCGGCCUUACUUUCCAGAGUCCUGCCGACGCCAUCUCCUUUGAAAAAGGGCUGCAGACCGUCUUAGACAAACUCGACAGAGGCUCUGACUCGCCAUCGUCGUCCACGCCAGAAGAGGUGGACACUGAAGACGAUGGUCAAGUUUCCCAUACAGGAAGCGAGUCGUCGUCAAACAGCAGAAAGGAGAUGCUUCCCAAGCCGAUCACCAUAGUAACAAGCGAGUCCUCCUCCACCUGCUUCCUGCGGCCCGAAGAGUUCAGCUUUGGAUCCAGCCAUGCCGUCACCAGUCACACACCUGCUCAGAUCCACACCAGGCCGGGACAGCACCAGCUCUCUCAAAUGACCACCGUGUUGAACCCCCCGGCGCCUCCACCGCCGCCUCCAGCUCCACCCACUCCUCCUGUGGGGCCCCCGGCCUCGUCCCCACUCUCCCCGCUGUCGCCCACCAUUUCGCUGCUGGAGGAAGGAGAUCUGCGCAGCGUGGACCCUUGCAAGGACCUGUGGGGUUCUCGGGGUUACGAGGAUUACAGACGCGCCGGUGCGACCAGGACUAUGGUUGGGGGCCUGACGGGCGGCGUGGUGGUCGGCGGCGGCGGGAGCCAGCAGGACAAGUCGGAGCUGUGCGUGGUUCGCUUUGAGAAGGAGCUGGCGGGCGUGGGGCCGGCCGGCUGCGAGGUCACCGUGAGCCUGGACAGCAAAGCCUCCCAGCGCCUGUCCUCGUCAUCCCCCACCUGCAUGUCCAUGCCCAACGCCGUGUCCGGAGUGUCCUCAGGUGCCGGCUCGCCGCAGGAGCCCGCCAAAGGCUCGCCAUCCCCAUGCUGCAUCCACGCCUCCCGGACUCGUAAGAGAGGCGGGGCCGGCGGCAGCGACCCGGGCGCCAUCUCGCCCGACGACGACAGCCCGUGCCCCCAGGCAUCGUCGUCGUGCUCAUCUCGCUGCGUCUACUGCCGCUCUGUGUUCAGCGCCUCGGAGAACGGGCGGGGCCGCUGCAGGGACGCCCCCGACCCGGCGCUGCACUGCCUCCGCCAGUGGACCUGCGUGUGGUGCGCGGAGAGCCUGCUGUACCACUGCAUGUCGGACUCGGAGGGGGAGUUCUGGGAGCCCUGUUCGUGCGAUGACUCAAUGGGGGGCCACCCACACCCGCUCUGCUGCGCCCGCUGGUUGGCCCUGCUGGCCCUGUCGCUCUUCGUGCCCUGCAUGUGCUGCUACCUGCCUCUGCGCGCCUGCCUGCGAUGCGGGGAGAGGUGCGGCUGCUGCGGGGGGAAGCACAAAGCGGUCCGAUGAGGCCAGGCUGAGG